CCUGAACAUCAAAAAAGAAAUAAUGAAGAAAGAACAAAACAUAAAUACAGAGAAGAUGAAAGGCAAGAAGUGGAAGGAGAAGAAGAAGGGGAAAAAAGCCUCUGGAAUGGAGGAUGAUAUGAAGGAGGUCCUGGCUGACCCUCGUUUCAGCCACGUGGCUUCCGACCUUAGGCUGAGACACAUGCCCAAAGAUGAACACAAAGUCAAACUCGAUAGUCGCUUCUCUUCAGUACUAACGGAUGACAAAUUCUACGAGAAGUAUACCAUGGACCCACGCGGUAGGAAGGGAAACUACUCCACAAAGGAGGACCUUCUCAGAUUUUAUCGCAUGUCAUCGGAUGAGGAGAGUAGUGACGAGGAGGAGGCGUCUUCAGCAGAUGACGAUGAAGAUGAAAGUACAGAGGAGGUAGAGAAGAAUGUAGAGGCUGAAAGCAAAAGAAAGCAGAAAGUGGACAAUAAGAAGGAUUCAGAAAAGAAGAUCCAAAAGGCAAAAGAUGAUUUGAAGAAAAAGGAAGUCCGGAAAGAAAAAAGGGAAUCUGUAAAAGAUGAGGAAGAAGCGGAAAGAAGGGACAGAACAGCCAAAGAGCUUGCAGAAAUACCAGACGACCUGCGGGAAAAGCUCCAAGACUUGGACAUGGACUAUGCCCGCGGUGAGCUGUUCUUCUCAGACGACUCCUCCGAUGAUGACUCCAGCACAACAGAUGAGGAUGAUGAACCAGAGGAGUUUGAAUGGGGAGAGCUUGACCACGAUGCAGACUGGGAGACUGCAGAAAAUGAAGUAGAGAUUGUAUUCUUUCCCAGGAAACUUCUCCUCGUCUUGCCUCUCUGUAACAUGGACUGGAUCGCAUCAGGCAGAGAUAUCAAUGAACUUUUUACUUCCUUCUGCCCAAGAGGUGGAUCCAUAAGAAGAGUGACAAUAUAUCCGUCUGAAUUUGGAAAGGAGCGCAUGGCAGAAGAAGUCUUAAAAGGACCUCGAGAGUUGGUUUCAGGCCCGGCAGAUGAAGAUGAUGACAUAAAUCUCGUUGAUCUUGAGACAACUAGAAAGCAGAAUUUGCUGAAGGGUGAUAUGAAAUGUAUUUUGGAUUCCAGUACUGGAGCAACUGCAAAACAUUAUGAGACACUGAGGAGAUAUCAGCGCAAUCGUCUUCUCUAUUACUAUGCUGUUAUAGAGUGUGAUGCUGUUGACACCGCUAAAAUUAUCUACAAAGAGUGCGAUCGGCAGCCUUUUGAAGAGACAGGAAUUCUCAUUGACUUGAGAUACAUUCCUGCUGACAUGACUUUUGAUGAUGAGGUUUUUGAUAGGUGUGAAGCCGUACCAGACACAUACGAGCCCAAGCAUUUCAUCACAACUGCUCUCCAGUUAUCGCAGCCAUCAUUGACCUGGGAUGAAACAGACCCAGACAGAGAGAGGAUCCUAUCAACAGCAAUGACAAAAGCUCUGAAGGGUGAAGAAGUUGAUGAGGAAUAUUUGAAGGGGUUUGUUGCUUCAGGCAGUGAAUGUGAAGAUGAAGAAUCUUUACAAAGUGAUGAAGAUAGCGAAAGUGAGGAUGAAGAUGCCAAAGCUGCUCGCAUUGCAAAAUUUAGAGCUCUCAUUAAAGAAAUAGAUGAAAAAGAGAAUAAGAAAAAACAGGAGCAUAUACAUAUGGAAGAAAUGUUUGCUGUGGAUGAGGAUUCAGAGGAAGAAGAAGAGGACACAUCAGAUGUCGAAACAGCAAAGGAAGAUGUAAAGGAAAAGUCAGACCUUAAUCCCUUCGAAAAGUAUUUAGAAAAACGUAAAGCCAAGAAGAAACAAAAAGAACAGAAGAAGAAGCAUAUAAAGAAUACUGAAAAUGAGGACACGGAUGAAAGUGAUUAUGACGAUGUUCCGGAAGGUAUUGACUUACACAAUGAUCCAUACUUUGCCGAGGAGAUUAACAAAAUGAAAGGGGAGAAGAAACAGAAGAACUUAAGUAAGAGUAAAAAGAGUAGCACAGAGGAAACUGAAGGGGAAAGUAAGCAGGGUGAUCUGGAGUUGUUACUUAUGGACGAAGAUGAUGCAGAGAAGAAGCACUUUAACAUGAGAGAUAUUAUUGAAGAUAACAAAGUGAAGAAGAAGAGGAGGAUGAGCAAGAAUAAGAAGAAGAUUGAAAAAAUGAAAGAGAAGGAGAUAGAGAAACAAAAUGCUGUGGAUGAUUUUGAGAUAAAUACGUCAGAUUCAAGGUUUUCGCAGCUCUUCUCAUCCGGGGACUAUAAUAUUGACCCGUCACAUUCACAAUUUAAAAGAACGAAGGCUAUGGAUACUCUUAUUACUAAUAUCCAGCAGAAAAGAGCUGCUGAAACAUAUGAGAAUGUGCCUGACUCCAAAAGAAGCAAAGCCGAUUUCAAGAAAAAGAAAGACCAUGAACUUUCCUUGUUGGUCAAAAGAGUUAAAGGGAAAACACAGAAAAAAUAAAUGUUAAAUAAGUAAUAGAUUAAAAAUAAAGAAGAAAUUUA